UCGCGACUCGAUCCAAAUCCGCUGGAUUUCUACUUUGGUCUGAAUAUCCAUCAUCGUGAUCGAUAUGGUUGCAUGGUCUAUAAUAAUGGACGUUUGAUUCGAAUGAAAUACCUCGGAGUGGUAGCGGUCGUUGAUGUUCCAUAUUCGGUACUUGAACCAACCCAUAACAAGCAAUCAUUCGAAAACAAACGUGAAUACAUGAAUUUGCUGAAAGCGAUAAAUGAUCACAUGGUGCAGUAUUGGACCGACGUAGCAAUCGGUGCAAUGCCAGGCGGUGUUGGCGCUUGGGAUGCAACAGCAAGCGACGAAGUGGAGUUUGUGCGAAAGCGCUUGAUCAGCGUUGGCUUAUCGAUCCAGUGUGAUAUGUGCCUGAAAUGGCGACAUCUUGAUUACGAUAGAUCGUUUUUGACUGCUGGCAUCCCGAAGGAUUGGUGUUGCGUGAUGCAUCCAAAUGCCCUGUUCAACUAUUGCUCGAAGCUGGAGGAGCUGCCCAAAAUUCCCGAAGGACAUCAUUACAGAAAUUCACAGAUUUUUUCGCUCUGUUAUUACAGAUCAAACCCAAAAAGAAAACCAGUAAAGUCACCAUCUCCACCGGCAGCACAUCAACGUUCACUCCCAGCACGACGAACUUCAGCACGCAAGAGUUACAAAGAUCCCAGUGAUUCUGAGCCAGAAAGUGAAUCAACACCGGAACCAAUUCCUCGAAGUGCUAGCCGGAGAAGAAUUUCGGCAGCAGAACCUGAAGAGGAUUUACCACGCACAAGCCAGUCUCGGGUAAGUCCAUCCUAA